UUACUGUAGACUCAAAUGGUCAGUAUGACAGCGAGGAAGAAGACGAUGCUCAUAGUACAAACUCAAAUGGUCAGUAUGACAGCGAGGAAGAAGACGAUGCUCAUAGUACAAACUCAAAUGGUCAGUAUGACAGCGAGGAAGAAGACGAUGCUCAUAGUACAAACUCAAAUGGUCAGUAUGACAGCGAGGAAGAAGACGAUGCUCAUAGUACAAACUCAAAUGGUCAGUAUGACAGCGAGGAAGAAGACGAUGCUCAUAGUACAAACUCAAAUGGUCAGUAUGACAGCGAGGAAGAAGACGAUGCUCAUAGUACAAACUCAAAUGGUCAGUAUGACAGCGAGGAAGAAGAUGAUGCUCAUAGUACAAGUAUGUACAUGUAUUUUGUUGUCCAGUCUAUUUAUACGCUCUUUCCCUUUAUUGGACACGCGUAGUUGGACUCGCGUAGGCGGGUACUAAGGUGGUCACUAUUUUACGGGACGGGACGGGACAAACGGGACAGGAUACGCAGAAAUAACCUAUUUUGCGGGACAAGUAGGUGAGCAAAAUGGAACCAGCUCAACAUGCCUGUAAUUUUUCCUUUAAACUGUAACUAUAUUUCAG